AUGUAUUCUCUCUUCAUCAAUAACAAACACGGAAGUCUUGUCUAUCAGAGGAACUUCACGACAGCCGUCCAGCUGUCCGCCAAUGACGCAAUUCGCCUGGCUUCGACGUUCCACGGUUUGAGUGCGAUUGCAGCCCAAGUGUCUCCGGCGUCUCCAGAGAAAGGCAACCCCUUCGCGGCGCUCCACCCGAGAGGCAUCAACUUGAUCGAGGCGGACAACUUCCGUCUCCAGUGCCUGGAAACGCGCACAGGUUUGAAGUUCGUCUUGGUGGCGGAACUGGGUCUCUCUCCUGCCACAGUCGAAGGCUCCCUUCGGCGUGUCUACGAGGCUUACGCGGACUACGUUUUGAAGAAUCCGUUCUACGACGCCGACAUGCCGAUCCGCUGUCACCUCUUUGAUCGCGAAAUCGAAAAAAUCUUCGCGGAUUACAUCACUGUCUAA